AUGCUUGCCGCUCUAGAAAACAGAAGUGGACCCGCCAAGGGACACGUCGAAGCACUGGAGCAUAGACUGCAGGUCACAGAAGGUGUACUUUUACGCCUCCUUUCCCAGGUUUCCGACGCGCAGCUUUCCAAUGCAUUCCCAAGGGAUGGCGCCGCGGUCAGCCGGGAUAGCGCUGGUACCUAUAUGCCCCUUGCCAGACUUGAUCGGAGAGGAAUUGACGAGUGGUCUCAAUUUCCGCUCGAUAAUGCACAAAAUAUCCGGGAAUGGCAGCAUCUUUUGAUCGGCCAAAGCCCGGUGGAUUCCGGCACUCCUCCGAGUAAGACUGAUCAAUCUUCCGUCCACCGUCACCAGAAUAGUGGAGUGAAAAGAAAGCACCAGGAGCCUGGUGAGAAUGGAUACCAGGACACUAUCCUAGCACCUGGGGCACAAGAUUACCUCCCGAUGGUAUCUCUACCACAUCAACAGCACGAACGACCGUCGCUAUCACCCGUCAACACCCGCCCACACUUGGAUCAAUACUGGUUAUCCUUUGAGGCCGCAGCUAAAAGGUCUCAAAUGGAGAAUAAGACUGGUUUGUCGGGACCCUUUGAUUUGCCGGUGGGAGGCCAGAUCGAACCCCAGAGGAUAGAACCAGUACAGACUAGUAGCAACUGGGAAGGUGCACCUUCGGCCAAUUUCCAGCAACAGUUUCUUUGGUGA